AAUAGAGGGCUUGGGUUCGGAAGUGAUGGACUGGAGGCUUGACUAAUGGGAAAAGGGCGUCUGAAAGAGAAGCCAGCUGCCAUGCCAUGAACUGCAAUAUGGAAAGGCCAAUGUAGCAAGGAUGUGUCCAGCCAACAGCCAGUAAGGAUCUGAGGCCCUCAGUCCAACAACCUAUGAGCAACUGAAUUCCGCUAAUAAACAUGUAAGUGAACACAGAAGUGGGUCCUUCCCCAGGCGAGCCUUCAUAUGUCCACAGAUCCAGCCAAGACUUUGACUGCAGCCUUGUGAGAGCCCCUAAGCCAGAGGACCCAGCUAAGCCACGCUCAACUUCUUGACCUGUCAGAUCUUGGCGGUUCAACCUGGAAACUUGGUGUGCUCCAUGUGAAUACAGAUGCUGGGAAGCUUAGCCUGGGAUGCCAUCUCUCUGACCCCUAAUGCUUGCCUGAACUCUUCUGCUGCACUCUGUCUUUCCUCUGUAAAUCCCAGCAUUGCAUCACUAUACUCUGGAGUCCAGUUCUAGGACACCUUUUUAAAAAGACUCUCUGUGGUGUUCAGAAUCACUCCUACAAUCGGAUUCUCUCUCCACAAUGGCUCUCAGUGCUGCAAGUCACCGCAUACCUCUAAGUGAUGGAAACAGCAUUCCCAUCAUCGGACUUGGUACCUACUCAGAGCCUAAAUCAACCCCUAAGGGAGCCUGUGCAACAUCGGUGAAGGUUGCUAUUGACACAGGGUACCGACAUAUUGAUGGCGCCUACAUCUACCAAAAUGAACACGAAGUUGGGGAGGCCAUCAGGGAGAAGAUAGCAGAAGGAAAGGUGCGGAGGGAAGAUAUUUUCUACUGUGGAAAGCUAUGGGCUACAAAUCACGUCCCAGAGAUGGUCCGCCCAACCCUGGAGAGGACACUCAGGGUCCUCCAGCUAGACUACGUGGAUCUUUACAUCAUUGAAGUACCCAUGGCCUUUAAGCCAGGAGAUGAAGUAUACCCUAGAGAUGAGAAUGGCAAAUGGUUAUAUCACAAGUCAAAUCUGUGUGCCACUUGGGAGGCUAUGGAAGCUUGCAAAGAUGCUGGCUUGGUGAAAUCUCUGGGAGUGUCCAAUUUUAACCGCAGGCAGCUGGAGCUCAUCCUGAACAAGCCGGGACUCAAAUACAAGCCAGUCAGCAACCAGGUUGAGUGCCAUCCGUAUUUCACGCAGCCAAAACUCUUGAAAUUUUGCCAACAACAUGACAUCGUCAUUAUUGCGUAUAGCCCUUUGGGGACCAGUAGGAAUCCAAUCUGGGUGAAUGUUUCUUCUCCACCUUUGUUAAAGGAUGCGCUUCUAAACUCAUUGGGGAAAAGGUACAAUAAGACAGCAGCUCAAAUUGUUUUGCGUUUCAACAUCCAGCGAGGGGUGGUUGUCAUUCCUAAAAGCUUCAAUCUUGAAAGGAUCAAAGAAAAUUUUCAGAUCUUCGACUUUUCUCUCACUGAAGAAGAAAUGAAGGACAUUGAAGCCUUGAAUAAAAAUGUCCGCUUUGUGCCAUUGCUCAUGUGGCGCGACCAUCCUGAAUACCCGUUUCAUGAUGAAUACUGACUGCAAGGAGUUCCUGAACAGAUUUUUCACUCCCAUGAGUGCCAAGACGGUGCGAUGGGUAGUCCCCUGGAUGUGAAAAUGAAAAGGGUUUUACUAUCCUGAGAAGAAAUAAUGAUGGAAAUGUGUUCGAUGUUUGUGUAGUGUAAGUGACUUUGACUGAGUCACAUUGAAGUAAAAAUAUUAAAAUCUGUUGAAAUAACUCUUAGGAAAUUAUCAACUAAUUUUUUCAGAUCAAUAUCUUCUACGUUCCAGACAGAAAAAAAAUUAGACUUCCGAAGAAACAUCAAAGGCAACAUAUGACAAGAAGCUCAUGAGUCUGGGUAGUAGCGUUGGCAAUCUGAGUUCUUUAAGGGUUAACAGGACAACAAAGUGCAUGUGGCAGUGUGCUGGCAGUGGCCUCGAGGCUUUGGACCAUUGGUUCUAAAACAGACACAGCCAAGAUAAGAUCCACACAUGCAUUAUUAACAAGGAGGUGAUUUGCUGCACCUUGAGUUGAGAGGGAUACAUGUAGAAAAGUCUUAAAAUAGAGCUAAACACCACAGUGGUCAACAAAACCAUCAUGAUGUUGUUGUUUGUUUCCAUCCAAUGUAUGUUUGUUUAGUUUUCAUCCAACUUAAAGAAUGAAAACUUAACUGGAUCUCUCUUGCAUCCUUAAAGGGCCUGAGUCUCAACAUGGCUGCUGAUCCAUAUUCACACAUCUUACCAUCAAUCUUGCCUACAUUGAUUAUAGAACCACUACUAUGCGAAAAGGCUUGAAACAACCAACAUACACAAAUAAAACCCUGCUUCUAAAAUAGUUCUGACAUGCUAUUUUAAGAAGAGGGAUUUAAAAAGGAAACUUUGGGAGAUAUAUUGAAAUAAGGUGCUUUAUAACAUUAUUAUAUUUAAGACUUUAACAGUGUUACUUGGAUAGCUUAUAUGAAUUUUGAGAAAGUAGCAAGUUCAAAAGAACUCUGGUAAUUUUGCUGUAUGUACAAUUUAAAGAGUGAAUAAGAUUAUUAGAAUUCAGCCAUAGAAAUAUAUCUAUUUUCAGUUCAACUACAGAAAUAUAUUUUAUUCAUUCACAUUAGGUCACUGUCAUAGGAUGAGAGAGUUCUUCAAAAAUUAUGUUUUCCCAAGAUCAGUUGCUUAUAGAUAAUGUUCAACGACCUCAAGACAUAUAUUUCUGAGAAAUUAUCAUUUUAAAAAAUUUGGUCUAUAUUGAUUGUUUUCACUGAUUCCAAUAUUAUUGCUUACAAUGGUGACCUCUGGAAAAUAUUUUGUUCACAAGAAAUAAUAAAGUAUAAUGAUUU